AUGGCAUUCCUUAAGAAGCUCACUAUCCUCGCCGCCAUCACCUCCUUGGCCUCGGGCCUUCCUACUGGAAUUCGUCCCACGGCUACCGUGACUCUCGCCCCAAUCGCUACCACUACUGCCAUUGCAACCUCCACCAUUGCUGCUAGCAGCAGCGGCAGCGGCAUCAACAUCGUCAACAACCUCAAUCAAACCGUUUACCUGUGGUCGACAUCUGACACCAGCGGCGACAUGCAGACCCUGACCGCCGGCGGUGGUACCUACACCGAGCAGUGGCGCACCAACUCCGACGGCGGCGGUAUCUCCAUCAAGAUGGCCACCACUACUACCGAGAGCAGCGUCUUGCAGUUCGAAUACACCGAGAGCGAUGAUACUCUCUGGUGGGAUCUCUCAUCGAUCAACCUUGACAAGGACUCGGAGUUCAUUUCGGCUGGCUUUGCUGUGGCCACCAAUGACUCGAGCUGCUCUUCUGCGUCGUGUGCUGCUGGUGAUACCGAUUGCUCUAAUUCUUACCAGCAGCCUGAUGAUGUGGAUACUCGUAGCUGCUCGUCUUCUGCGGCGUUUACUAUGACCUUGGGUUAA